UGUACACCCAAGCCACAGUUCUAUCUCGGCCACCCUAAGCUAAGCUCACCAUGCAAGCACUACUCGUUUUGAUUUUGGCCUGUUCUGUUGCCGUUGGCAGUGCCACUGCCAAUAAUUGCUGCCCUUCUUUCUCAGCUUCGCAAGAGAAGUUUCUGCGCGGUUUGUUACAGGAGGAAGCUAAAGGAUUGAAGGCUGGAAUGAUGCGCGCCUUCUCGAUGCAGCCAACAGUGAGAUGGUUCAACUUAUCUAAUAAACUAGUGUGUUUCGGAGCAACUGGCAACUCUUUUGGUCGUUUCAAUGUCAAAGCAGAAGGUUUUGUGGCCGCCAUCAAGCUUGUUUACUACAAUGGCUCAUUAACAUGUGAUAGGAACACAUUAGCAAAGAAACCAGACGAAUUCAACAGCAAAUGGGGCUGCGCACCAAGCCAUCCUUUCUUUGGCAAAACGUCAAUCAACACACUCGUUACCACGUCAACCAACAAGAUCAUAUUCCCCAAAGACCAUCACUUCACACAUGACCACAGCGACCUAUGGUAUAAUAUGGAACAGUUUGAUUCCAUGUCUGACGUUCUGGUCUUUCAACGAUUUCACGAUCCUCUGUACGUGGCGACUGGGCAAGAACUCAGGCUUUGGUACGGAGAAGACUUGAAAGACGUCAGUGAAAAAGAUAAUUAUGGGAAGACAUGCGCACGAGUGCUUGCCUUAUACGUUUGAAAUGGACAUUUGCAUCAUCAUGACUGUUUGGAAUGCUGUCGUGAAGCGUUCUCCCUUGAAUCAAAAAUUAACACCUUUCUACUGAUUCACUCRCGUUCGUUUGUUAACAUGACAUUCAGUUUUGAAUAUAUUUGAACGACGUAAACUAUAUCAGCAAGUAAAAAUCAAUUUCAUAAAACUUGUAAAGAUAGAUGAUUUAAUAUUAAUUAAAUAAAGAAACCACAGGCAGUCCA